UAUUAGCUUUGGUAGGGGUAAUUAGUAGUAAGUACUAGUAUUAAAUUUCCUUUUUCCCGGCGUGGCUGACGGUCAAGACACGGCUUCCGGCACUUGCAUUCCCUAUUUAUUUUUAAUUUUAUCUUUGGAGCAGUGUUAGGGUUUCGCCUCGAUAUUUUCCUCUACCUUCUAAUUUUACUGGAUCAUCGUUUAUUAGAGAGAGGAUCUGAAGCAUGGUAAGAGGUUUGCUCGGCAAGCUUGCCAGUCGCUCUCUCUCCGUCGCCGGAAAAUGGCAGCAGCAGCAGCUUCGCCGCCUCAACAUCCAUGAAUAUCAGGGUGCUGAAUUGAUGGGCAAAUAUGGAAUCAAUGUACCAAAAGGUGUAGCCGUUGCUUCUGUCGAAGACAUCAGCAAAACAAUUAAGUCUGUCUUCCCCGACAAAGAUGAGAUUGUGGUCAAGUCUCAAGUUCUUGCUGGCGGACGUGGGCUUGGAACUUUUAAGAAUGGUUUUAAGGGUGGAGUUCACAUAGUCAAGUCUGACCAAGUUGAAGAUAUAGCUGGAAAGAUGCUUGGACAGAUACUUGUUACCAAACAAACUGGCCCUCAAGGAAAGAUAGUUAGCAAGGUUUACUUGUGUGAAAAGUUAUCAUUGGUGAACGAAAUGUACUUCUCAAUAAUCCUUGAUCGGGCAUCUGCUGGUCCUCUUAUUAUUGCCUGUAGCAAGGGAGGAACAAGUAUUGAAGACCUUGCAGAAAAGUUUCCUGACAUGAUUAUAAAGGUACCUAUUGAUGUAUUUAAAGGAAUCACGGAUGAGGAUGCUGCCAAAGUUGUUGAUGGUUUGGCUCCCAAAGCAGCUGAUAGAAAUGAUUCAAUUGAGCAAGUGAAGAAGUUAUAUGAACUUUUCUGUAAAUGUGACUGCACACUGUUGGAAAUUAAUCCACUUGCUGAGACGUCUGAUAACAAAUUGGUAGCUGCUGAUGCAAAGCUCAACUUUGAUGAUAAUGCUGCAUACCGUCAAAAGGAGAUAUUUGAUCUUCGUGACCCCACACAAGAAGAUCCUCGUGAGGUUGAUGCUGCAAAAGCGGACUUGAAUUACAUUGGUUUGGAUGGAGAAAUUGGUUGCAUGGUGAAUGGUGCAGGACUAGCUAUGGCUACGAUGGACAUAAUUAAAUACCAUGGAGGAACUCCUGCCAAUUUCCUUGAUGUUGGUGGGAAUGCUUCUGAAGGCCAGGUUGUGGAGGCUUUCAAAAUUUUGACUUCGGAUGACAAGGUGAAAGCAAUCCUGGUAAACAUUUUUGGAGGCAUCAUGAAAUGUGACGUAAUAGCUAGUGGGAUUGUAAAUGCUGCUAAGGAGGUUCAAUUGAAAGUACCUGUAGUUGUUCGUCUCGAGGGUACUAAUGUUGAACAAGGGAAGAGGAUUCUCAAGGAAAGUGGUAUGACCCUAAUUACAGCUGAAGAUUUGGACGACGCAGCUGAGAAAGCUGUGAAAGCAACCCGCUAGUUGAAUCUUUGGGACCAUUUAACGUUUUCCUUUGUCUAAGCUCAAUUGCUUUUGUUUACCUUUUUGUUUCCCCUUUGGAUGGUGGAGCUCAAGUCCCUGAAAGUUGGCUUGGAGGCGUUAACAAUUCUUCAUUGUUGUCAAUGAAAAUAGUGCACGAUUUUUUAUUUGCUAUGGAAAAUUUCUAAUAAGCUCACAUAACAUUUGUUAUGGUUAUAAGCGCUUGGUUCAUUUUUUCGAGAUGUCCUGGUUUGUAUAUCAACUGACAAGGGAUAAGUUUACACUCAUGCCGAAGCUGCCGACCUCGGAUUAGAGUUGUAAAUAAAGACCUUGGAUUAGAGUUGUAAAUAAAUCGAAUCGAAUUGAAUUUUUGACCUA